CCCCAGCCUAUGGGGGCGCCGGGCGCUGUCACGUGCCGGAGCCCCGCUCGCCGCUGCGGAGCCGGAGGAGCCGGACGGGGCCACGGGGCCGGGCCGGGGCCGGGGGGGCUGCGCCGGGGCCGGCGGCGAGCGGGGUGAAUUACAGAAAGUGACUCCCAGAGCAUCUUGGCUGUAUGAACUCUUGAGCUGUCAAGGGACUGAGAGGCUUAUGAAGAGGUUCUAUCAGGCAAAACAGUGCUUAGCAAAGACACCAAGGAGGAGGGAAAAGGAGAAAGGGAGGGAGAGAGAGCUGAAACGCUAACAAACCAUGAGAUCGAUCCGAUCUUUUGCUAACGAUGACCGCCAUGUCAUGGUGAAACACUCAACCAUUUAUCCAUCUCCAGAGGAACUUGAAGCUGUCCAGAACAUGGUAUCAACAGUAGAAUGUGCCCUUAAACAUGUCUCUGACUGGAUGGAUGAAAAGAACAAGUCUACAAAAUGUGAGGGUGAUGUGGAAGCAAAGGAGGAUGCUGCAGACAGCAAUGCCAAGGAUCAAGGUGGUCGGACGUUGUGUGGUGUAAUGAGAAUUGGCCUGGUUGCAAAGGGCUUGCUGAUAAAAGAUGAUAUGGAUCUGGAGCUGGUUCUCAUGUGCAAAGAAAAACCCACAAAGACCUUGCUGUGUAUAGUUAAAGACAAUCUCCCAGCUCAAAUUCAGAAACUCACAGAAGAGAAGUAUCUCGUGGAGGAGCAUGUAAAUGAGGCAGCUAUUAUUAUUCAUAACACAAAGGAGCCCAAGCUAACUUUGAAGGUGAUACUUACAUCCCCUCUCAUUCGAGAUGAAGCAGAGAAGAAGGAAGGAGUAGAUAAUGUUGCGAUGAAAGAUCCUCCGGACUUAUUGGACAGGCAGAAAUGCCUGGAGGCCUUGGCGUCUCUGCGGCACGCCAAAUGGUUUCAGGCCAGGGCAAAUGGACUAAAAUCAUGUGUAAUUGUCCUUCGUAUUCUGCGGGAUUUGUGCAACAGAGUCCCCACAUGGGCACCACUGAAAGGAUGGCCACUCGAGCUUAUAUGUGAAAAAUCUAUAGGUACUUGCAAUAGGCCUCUGGGCGCUGGGGAAGCGUUGCGCCGGGUGAUGGAGUGUCUGGCAUCUGGAAUUCUGCUUCCCGGAGGCCCUGGUCUGCACGACCCCUGUGAACGGGAGCCAACAGAUGCUUUGUCUUAUAUGACAGUUCAGCAAAAAGAAGCCAUUACACACAGUGCUCAGCAUGCCCUCAGAUUAUCAGCCUUUGGGCAGAUCUAUAAGGUUUUGGAAAUGGAUCCCCUCCCAUCAAAUAAGUCAUUUCAGAAAUAUUCCUGGUCAGUAACUGACAAAGAAGGUACAGGCUCCUCUGCUCUGAAGAGACCGUUUGAAGACAGUGUCGGGGACGAUAAAGAUCCAAACAAAAAGAUGAAGCGCAACCUGAGGAAAAUACUAGACAGUAAAGCAAUAGAUCUCAUGAAUGCUCUGAUGAGGCUGAACCAAAUCCGGCCGGGGCUUCAGUACAAGCUGCUGUCACAGUCUGGUCCAGUCCACGCCCCAGUCUUCACAAUGUCUGUAGAUGUCGAUGGUACGACGUAUGAAGCAUCAGGGCCUUCUAAGAAAACAGCCAAGCUUCACGUGGCAGUGAAGGUGUUACAAGCGAUGGGGUAUCCAACUGGCUUUGAUGCAGAUGUGGAGUGUAUGAGUUCUGAUGAAAAAUCAGAUACUGAAGGUAAAAAUGAAACAUCUUCAAUCUCAAGCAAUAACACUGGAAAUUCCACAGCUGACACCUCCGCUACCCUAGAGGUAAGAACUCAGGGUCCUAUACUCACAGCAAGUGGCAAAAACCCAGUGAUGGAGCUCAAUGAAAAGAGAAGAGGUCUGAAGUACGAGCUCAUCUCGGAGACGGGCGGAAGCCACGACAAGCGCUUUGUGAUGGAGGUAGAAGUAGAUGGGCAGAAGUUCAGAGGUGCAGGCCCAAAUAAGAAAGUAGCAAAAGCAAGUGCUGCAUUAGCAGCACUUGAAAAAUUGUUUUCUGGGCCUAAUGCAGCAAAUAACAAGAAGAAGAAGAUUCUUCCUCAGACUAAAGGGGUUGUCAAUACAGCUGUUUCUGCAGCAGUCCAGGCUGUCCGAGGCAGAGGACGAGGUGCUUUAACACGAGGGGCAUUUGUUGGGGCAGCUGCUGCUACUGGAUACAUAACACCAGGCUAUGGAGCACCGUAUGGGUACAGCACAGCGGCGCCAGCUUACGCCAUAUGCACUUGUAUAAAAUAAGCAGAAAUGUAGUGACUGUAAGCUGAGAUCGUGAUAUAAAAGCUAGAGGAGUCAAUUAUAGCACUCAUCUGUUUCGAAGGGAGUAGAGCAGAAGGUAAGUUUUAACCUCAUACUUCAAAGCUGCUAUGAAUCAGUUGAUUAACAGUGUUCCAUGGAAACAACCUGAUGUACUUAUUUUCUUCGUGCUCAUUUCUAUGUUCUUAGAAAAGCACAAGCUUGUGUAAGCAUAAUCAAUACAAAGUUACUCAGGGUACUGUUCAUCUCAGCAGUGGACACUAGCUGCAUCUUAAGUCAACAGGCACAUAUAAAUCACGCUUAAUUAAGAGGAACCGAACAUCCUGGCAGGUUUUGCUUCACUACUGGCACUGUUACAAUUUAAUGAUCUAUGCAUACAGAAAUGGGUGUAUUGCUGCAGUCCCAAUAGAACUUGCAGUUCUGUAAGGGCAUCCUGUAAACUAACAAAGUACAACAUAGUCAGGGAAGGAGAGAGAGGAGUAUUCUUUCAUUGUUUCCACAAAGAACCGUUAAUAAGCAGAUGGAAAGUGAUACUGCUGAAAGCAGAAUACUGGUGGGCUGAAGAACAGCAUUCAAGCAGUACAGCUUUUGAAAAGUGAAGUGACUCUGUCAAUUCUACGAUGAAAAUUCUAGUUUGCUGUAUGAAUUAUUUCCUGUGUUUUCAAACUACUAUCACUACUUUCCUACUCAAAAUAACAGGGUAAAGACAAGUGUAGUUGUCUAAUAACACCUACUGCAUGGAAAUAGACAUAGACUGGGAGAAAACGGAGGCUGUACUGCAGAGAGCAUAUUCAACUACAGAGCCAUUCUCUGGGCAAUGCUGCAUCAUUUAAGAGUGGGUAAAUACACCUUCAGGGACAACAUGACACAGAACAGAUGUUUUAAAAAAAACCUACAAAAACCAUAAAAAAAAGCCUCAAAGCUUUGUCCAGUCAUACAUUUAUUCUUCCCUGAAAACGGGACAGGUACAUUCACGUGCGCUUAGUGAGCUCUACAUCAGACAUCACAGAGGUCCUUAAGGACGAAUGUUUUGAAGUUAGUCUCCUUUUGGACAGAAAAGGGAGGAAGUUGACUCUGUCUUCCAGUUCCAAGUGCAGUGUCUUAUUUCUGAUCUUAACCCUAAAUCAAUACUUAUUGAUCAAACUGACAAAGCUUUUUAGGUUGACCAGCUCUCUUCGAAGCAAUUUUUUCCUCUCAAGCCUCUGCAGGGGCCAGAAACUGGUGCUUCACUACUGCUUCCACUCCAGAAUGUCACCCGUCCUCCAGCUGUCCCAGGGCCAUGGUGGGACACUUGCACUUCCAGGAGAGCAACGCUGCUGGCGGGGACUGCCAAAAGCACUGAAAUACUACAGCAGAGCAAGCCCCAGUGGGCUGUGUGCUUUUUAAGGUCCUGCCUAGUUCUUAGUGACAAAGUUGAGCAUGAAACAUGUACUGCCCCUUAAUGGGAAGGACAUCCAUGGGAAGCAGUGUGGGCAGUGAAGAUUUCUGAGGAAAGGCUGGUGCUUUCCAAGUCCAACUCAUGAGUUUUUAAAAAAAAACAAAACCAAAACAUGGUCGAGUUGUCACCCACCAAAAAAUCUCCAUCAGUCAAAUCAACAAUUGCUGCUAAUUGGGCUAAAACAUCCUCCUAUAACUCAAAGGUACCACCACCCAUCCAUCUAACGAGUUCUUAAGCAAAGCAUCCUCAGGAGGCAGAGCCCUGCUAAGAGUCUGCACACAAGAAGGCAGACAGGAAAUCUGGCACUGCAGCAUAAUGUGAGUUUUCAGAUGACAAUUACUUCUACAAGCCAAAGGAAAAGACAGAGGCAGUGCUCUGGGGCAGUGUUUCAUGCUCAGCAAGUUUGUAGAGGGGAGGAAUGCAAUUCUAUAAAUCACAUGUACUGUAUUUCUGUUUCUAGACUUGAAUGAAUUUCACUUUUCCUUUGUGGGUCAGCAUAGUAAACAUUAAAGAAAAGGUCUAUUUUUCUAAAUCUCUUUCACCAACAGAGGUCUGACCUGCAGCCAACAGAUGGAAUUAUUUAUCCACAGAGGACAGAGUGUUUAUUUUUGCACUAAGAUUGGAUACAGCAUUGAAUAAAAAGAAAUAUGACCUUUGAACUAUCUAAACCUUAAAUAUCAUGAACAAAUUCCACAAAUAAGUAGUAUGGAGGACAAUUCCAUCUUUCUUCCCAGCAAAUCUCUCUCUCAAAAGAAGUUACCCAGAACACAACUUCCAAAUGGAAGUACAAGAAGUCCUUGUGGUCUAAUUACAGAAUACUUUCAAAAGAUAUUUCAGAUUUCUCCCAAUCUGUAAUGCAGAGAGCAAUGAGGAUUAAACUAUUCCUGACUAUACUGUAAAUAAAGUAACCUCAAGUAAUUCGGCAACAACUGUAGCUAUUUAUAGCAUUAAAAUGUAAUCUGAACAUUCAAAUUGUGUUGAUUUGGGAGCAGUUGAGUGGGAAGAAAAAUAACUGCACACUGAAUUUUAAAUUGAGCUGUUAUCUACUCAUGAGCCAAAAAAACCUGCAAAUGUUAAGUAAAUGGAAUGCUCUUUGCACAUUAAGUUGCUUCCUCACAUGAUGCUGUACCCUGUACACUUGGCUUCAUUUGGCUUCUGCGUUGUGGGUUGUACGCCAGCCACUGUUAUUAACUGUACACAACACUUAGAUCGGCACUGUAAUCUCGGGUCAUUUGCCACUGAUUGUAAGCCAAUGCUACAGACUGCUCUGUAUAUAACACUCUAACCAUGUCCCAUGUGCUUCCAAUAGCAUACA